GCAGACCUUCAUCAGCUGGGCAACCUGACAACAUCAGCUGACUGGUGGUCGGGAGAAGCGUGAGGUAGCCUUUGCCCCGGGGAUAAAUUUGCGCCUCGUUCUCAACACAAACCUCAUCCCCACUAAAUACCUCCACUAAUUCCUUGAACAUGAAUUCUGCUCAGGAGGUACACAUCACGGAGUCAGUAUUGAGAGGAAUCACCCCACGGCGGCCCCUCAGACAGAACAUGACUCCUCUGCAGGCAUCAGAAGAGUCGGAUGAUGCCAAAGAAGAGGAGAAAAGUAGCCAGUCUUGGCUAUCAGUUUGGGAGAACAUAAUCUGCUGGUGCAGAUUUUACCUCCUCAUUCCUUCCAAUGCCAAAAUUGCUUACUACCUCUCCACCCUCCUGGCACUGUCCAUCGUUCAACACUAUGUGGAUCUACCUCACCUGGAGAGCAUUACAGGGAAGCGCAGUGUCCUCAAUCAGGUUUUUGUUAAAAAGGGUUGGGGCUUCACCCUUGCUGUGUUCCUUCCUUACCGCUUUGUCUCCCUCUUCCUUCAUCCAAAGUUGAGGGUUAGUUUGAUGCAGCUCAUUGUCCGUUCAGCACUGACAACCUUCUUCUUCUUCAUCUGGUGUCAGGUUCUCUUCCCUGUUAUUGACAACUUCUCAGCUACCUGUAUUGCUGGAAAUGAAACAUUGCCCCUGACCAAGGCUCAGUGCUUGAGUACUGAUGGACGGCAGUACUUCUCCUUUGACAUAUCAGGACAUUCAUACCUCCUCACAUACUGUGUCUUGAUUAUGAUGGAAGAGAGUAAAGAAAUAAUUUACUUUGUCUGGCUUAAAAGACAGCUAUUUGAUGAAGCUGCUAGAAUUAGAAAGGAAGACAGCAGCUGGCCUGAUUUCGAUGAAAAACAAGUUAAGUCCUUAAGAAGAAGAUUCCCCAAAGUGUCUCCAGUUGUAGCUUUCACCUUCUUUAACAUGAGUAUUUUGGCAUUGCUCUGGGACUUCAUGCUCCUGGUGACCACACUUUACUACCACACCUUUGCAGAGAAAGUGAUUGGCACUGUACUUGCCCUUCUCUCAUGGGCCUUUUUAUAUAGGAGAGUCUUUCCUUGGUUGUUUUCACUGAAGAUAUUCAGAUCCUAGCAUGACAGUUUUUAAUUAAUUUAUUCAUUGUAUGGUUUUAAUGUUUUAUAUGUCACAUGCACAUAGAAUUGUUUAUUUAUUUUUGUUAAUACUUUUUAUAAUGAUGCCAUUAAAGGAGCAGAAUAUGUGAAUCAUGAAAAUUAAAAUGAAUGACAUGCCUGUACAUAAUUAAUGAUCCAAGAAUCCUAUUUUUGUAGUAGAUGUAAAUAUUUUUUUACAGUAGCCAGGAAUCAAAUGGCAUUUUAUCUGAAGUACAAACACUGUUAUGAAAAAAAAUUUGUAACAUAAUUGAAGCCACAUGGCUCAGGUUGAUAACCUGAUUUCAUAAUCAGGUUAUCAAACAUAGCCGGUUUACUCACAUAAAGAGUUUAGAGGCACAUUGGGGAUUGUAUUUUUAUUACAAUGAGACAAAACAUUGCAUCUUGUGUUAAGGGAUGCCUUAUUAACCUGGUAUAUAAAAGCUUAUAUUCUAGCAUAUGUUUCGAACGUUAUUCAAUAUCUCAACAUGGGUAGUAAGGUUUUAACAAGUAAAAACGGUCUUCCUUU